CGAAAAAGCAAGCAGCACGUCAAUGAAGCCUUCGCAGCUAGUGCUCGCAACCGUCUGCGCUGCCAUCGCGUGCGCGCGCCUCGUCACGUUCGAGAAUGCGGCCGACCUGACAUUCUUCGGCGGUAUGCCGUGCAGCCUCGACCUCUGGCACGCUGUGCGCGGCGCGCCGUCGCCGUCGCUGCUCAAGCUCCCAUGCGAUCAGAUGGACCGCGCGUUCGACGCGGACCGGCCGAUCCUCUUCGAAGGCUGCAUUCCGGACGGCGUGGGACUUACGGACGUCGGCUACUUCCCCGAAGAGGCCCAGAACCUGUUCGCUCCGUGCAACGGCAAGAUCCAACGCCACUUUGAGUUCGUGGGCGCUGACAACAAGAGCAAGCAGAUAAUCGAGCAGGUUCCGUGUAGCCCGUCGACGCUGCGAGAGAAGAUCGCGUCGUUCGACGGACACGACAUCGACCGCGACGGGAACUACUUCGAGGUGCACACGCGCAUGGCCACGGCGGCGGAGCGGAAACGCCUCGACGAGACGCUUCACGCGACGAUGGCCGUGCCUGAGGCCUUGUCCGUCGAUCGCAUGACGGCACCCGUGGUAACCCAUUUCUUCCACGCGGGACGGACGGCCGUCUACUACCUCCAUGCGCAUAUGGACCGCUUCCUCAGCUUCUGCCUCCAGGAAGAGAAGCGGUGGACGCUCGUGGCGCCCCAGUUUUUCGGCCACUUUGAGCACCGCUGGUCGGGCAACGCGGAGAUGAUGCUCCGCGAGAAAUCCGCUGCGCCGCGCCUCGAGGUCACGCAGCGCCGGGGAGACGUUCUCUUCGUUCCGCCGUGGUGGAUUCACGAGACACGGGUCGCGCCGGGGACGAAGAACUUCGGGAUGAAUCUCCACUGGAUGUCUAGAGGGCAAGUCCUCGGCUACCUCGCGAGCCUCCACAGCGUGCUCGGCAAUCCCGCGUGGUUCUUCUCAGAGCAUGAGGCGCAGUCGCCGCCGAGCCAUCCGCGCGGCGCGGCCGCGGGCCUCGCCGCGGCGCUCGCGGCGAGCUCGCGCAUCACCCCGCUUAAGAGGUAGCUCAGAUGGGCGUGCAAGUAGCAUGUUUGCACGAUACAGAAACUCCUAGGGUUAGGGUUCCUAGGGUUAGGGUUAGGGUUAGCGAUAGGAGAGGCUCUCCAAUUUACAAGCCGCGAAGAAAG